AUGGAAUGGUUCUCGAGGUUGAAGAAGCUAGCAGCCAAUUGCGAUUUUGGGCUGCGCCGUGGUCCACUAUUCGAACAACGUGGCCUUUUGGACGUGCACAAGAUUCAGCAAGGUGCGGAGAAGAAGCAGUGCAAAAGUGAUUCACGCUGUUUCGCCUGCGAAAGAGGUGAUCACGAUUUCCGGAAAUGCAAAUACAAUAAUUCCGUGUGCAAGCUUUGCGAUAAGAAGGGACACCUUGCCAAGGUGUGUCCCACUAAGGAGUCGGAACAACCAAAGGAGAAGAAGAAGCCGUAUGGGCAGAAGCGAGGCCCCAGGAUCAGCCAUUUGUGGAUCAACAAGUUGGAACCAACAAGUGGAAGUGUUAUGGUUGGUAUCAGUGUCAACGGAUGUCCUGUACGCUUUGAGGUGGAUACCGGGAGCCCGGUGAACGCCAUAUCGAAGGACCUGUAUGACCAUUUGUUUUCUGUGAUACCGUUGAACACCGAUUUGAGAGAGGAAUUCGUCUGUUACAACGGGUCUGGUUUCCGUGCGGUUGACACAUUUGAAGCAGAGCUGCGGUACAAAGAGCACAUGUCCAAAGAAAAGCUCUACGUUUUCGAGGGAACGAGGCAGCCACUGUUCGGACGGCCAACAAUGUGCCGUUGGAAUUUGAAGAUCGAUUGCCACAUCUCGGAGAAGAAGGUUGACUGCAAGCAGUAG